GUCUUCCUCUCCUCUUCCUCUACCCCUCCACUACACUUUCUUCUCCUUGCGUUCGAACACACAUCGACAGAUGCUUAUCUAGCGAUCAACAACAUGCCACCUCAAAAGGAAAUCCCGUCUUCCGGAGCUGGUUCAUCCACUGCGACAUCAUCCACACCUUCUUCGGAUUCAGAUCUGAUAUCGCCAUGGGAACUCUGGCGAGCUCUGAAAAGCGGGAAGCGUAUCCAGGAUGACGAGCUGCAACCGAUCACCGACUACAUCCAGAUUGAGUUCGAUCUGGCUCAAGCACCAUCCAGGGAUCUUGUUAAGGACAUUAGUUUGUUCAUUCGUGGAUCCGAAAUUCGCACACAUGCGAUAGAUCACAUCAAUCUGCUGAAAUUCAUCAAACAGAAUCGGAAAUCGUUGAAGAGGAAACGGUCUGAUGAUGACAACAGAAACCGUAUGGGUCAUUUACGCGUUGAGAUUGAGAAGUUGCGGUUCGCUGAUGUGCAAGCGCGUUUGCAUAAAAUCGAGGAAGCGAUGCAUUCUGCAAAUGACCAUGUCACCAACAUCCUUGCUGAUAUGCUGGAGGAUCUACGAAAGCAGCCAGGCCAUGAAUUUUACACGACGUUGAUGGCAUUGGUUCCCGCUGAUACCACUUUCAAUGUCUGGGCGUCGAAGGUGGGCCUGUGGCAGCUGAGGGACUUCAGAACCCAGAUCCAUGUACCGUUCGUCCUUCAAGAGGCGGGAGCAAUCUUGCACACAGUGCAAAUUGCCCUUAAUCGGGCCAGGCAUUUGAUCAUCAACAUUGACCUGGGAACGCUUGACGCGCAACCAAGCUUUGAGCAAGAAGUGGAACAUUUUCAAGAGGGUAUGACUAGUAUGGUGGCGGUCAUGGAUCGUGUUGCCGAGCUCAUCGACACGCCUUCCAUCAAUCUAAUCGCCUUCUGGGACGGUAUCGUAGACGACAUGGCGCUCUUCAACCCAGCAGAUCCGAUUGAGCAAUAUGUUCAGAGCGAGGAGGAUCGCGAUGAUGAAUUGGAAGGUAUGUGGGACGAACUAUUCAUGUUCGAUUAUCCAAAUCACCCUCGUGACCCACGGGCUGUCCGCCUGCGCAGGAUGAGGGCGUUAUUGAUCAGCCCUUGGAGGGAAAAAUUGGAGAGCACAAUCUUGCAUCUGAAAUCAGUGCGUCAAAGCCUCUCAGGUUGUAACUGUUUGUGA